UCAUUAUUAAUAAUUAUUAGUGUAUAAAUCAGCAUAAAACUUAAACAUAAUAAACUGUCAGAAAAGUUAAAGCAAGAUGAACAUGAACAUGGAAGUAGAUGGAGAAGUGCGAAGGCACAAUAGCUUUACUAGCCCAAAUAUCUCUCGUUCUCGUGCGCCGGUCGCAAGGAGAUUAGGGAGAGAACGAUGUCGAAGUUAUCACGCGCAAACUCCUGAGGCUGAAAAAAAUCUAGUUAGAAAGAGUGUACCUACGAGAAUUGCGCCUAAAAUGUCGUUUAGAGUGGUGCGUAGUUCUAAAUUUCGCCAUGUGUACGGGCAAGCCCUCAAGCGCGAGCAGUGUUACGAUAAUAUUAGGGUGUCGAAGAGUUCAUGGGACUCUACGUUCUGCGCCGUGAACCCCAAGUUCCUGGCCAUCAUCGUGGAGUCCGCGGGGGGCGGCGCCUUCAUCGUGCUGCCCCACAACAAGGUCGGCCGUAUCCCAGCUGACCACCCACUAGUUGGAGGACACAAAGGCCCAGUCUUGGACAUCGCCUGGUGUCCGCACAACGACAAUGUUAUUGCUAGUGGUUCUGAAGACUGCGUCGUCAAGGUGUGGCAAAUCCCCGAUGGCGGGCUAUCGCGGACGCUGACGGAGCCCGUGGUGGACCUGGUGUUCCACCAGAGGCGAGUCGGGCUCGUGCUGUGGCACCCGACAGCGCAGAACGUGCUGCUGACAGCUGGCUCUGACAAUCAGAUCGCGAUAUGGAACGUGGGCACCGGCGAAGUGCUGAUCACGCUGGACUGCCACCCCGACCUCAUCUACUCGGCGUGCUGGAACUGGACCGGCAGCAAACUGCUCACCACUUGCCGAGACAAGAAAAUACGUAUCAUCGACCCCCGCAAGGGCGAGGUGGAGUCGGAGGCGAUAGCGCACGAGGGCAGCAAGGCCUCGCGCGCCAUCUUCCUCAAACACGGACUGGUCUUUACAACCGGUUUCAGUCGCAUGUCCGAGCGUCAAUACUCCCUGCGUACGCCGGACGCGCUCGGCGAGCCCAUCGUGACGGUUGAGAUAGACACGAGCAACGGCGUCAUGUUCCCGCUGUACGACCCCGACACUAACCUCAUCUACCUCUGCGGCAAGGGGGACUCCGUCAUUCGGUACUUUGAGGUCACGCCGGAACCUCCCUUCGUGCACUACAUCAACACCUUCCAAACGCCAGACCCGCAGAGAGGUAUCGGCAUGAUGCCUAAACGAGGUUGCGACGUCGCUACGUGUGAAAUCGCCAAGUUCUAUAGGCUCAAUAACUCUGGCUUGUGUCAAGUGGUAUCAAUGACCGUGCCCCGCAAAUCUGAACUGUUCCAAGAGGACUUAUACCCCGACACGCUCAGCGACGAGGCUUCUCUCACGGCUGACGAGUGGGCCGGCGGGGAAGACGCGGAGCCCUGCACUAUGUCGCUUAAGGAGCGCGCUCUUGUCGUACAGGGGGGCUACGUGUCCGGCCGCGCCGCCACGCAACUUCACGUCACAAAGAAGGCCAACGCGUUAGCUGGUGCGAAAGAGAAGGAGCGUGACAAGGACCGGUCACCAACCCCUGCGCAGAAGAAGGACGACAACAGUCAGUGUGUUACGCCGGCCAGUGCGACGCCGCCGCCCGCGGUUACUGCUGUUAUUGAGAAACAGCUCUCCGACCUAAUGGACGAGAUUCGCAAACUGAAGUCCGUGAUAGUGAAGCAGGAGAACCGCAUCCGCGCGCUCGAGGCCACCGUGAAGGCGCCCCCCUCCCCGCAGCCGUCGCCGCAGCCCUCGCCGCAGCCCACCAACCACCACGCCGACAACAUGGCGCCCGACGAAGUUUGACUUUCCUAGGAUAGGUGUCGCUGGCUAUUAUAAUCUGCGGCGCGAAAGUAAAACCUUGACCUCUCUCUAACCGCCUAAGACACAUCCAUUUUUGAAUUUGGAACUUUUAUCAAUUCCAUUGUAGUUUGUUCUUUUUAAAGAAACUGAGCACUCAUCUAUAGGUCUGACUUCAGGCGAGAGUAGAGCGGGGCGCGGCGUAGAUGCACCACGCAUUACCAUGGCGACGCAGUGACAAUCGUGGCCAUGUUGGUUUUACUUAAGUGCCACGGAGUAUAAACAUAUUUGAUAACUGUACAUCAGGGAGUUUGUUAUGUGUAUUUUUUAUAAUGUUUAAAAUAUUACUUUUGACGAGUUCGUUCAGAUUUUUAGGACGAUAAACGCGAUGCCCUGUCCGGUACAGGUAUCGCUUUUAUAACCAAAUGCUAGUGACAUCUCGCGGAGUAAGUUUGAUAUCUGAUUUAAAGUAACGUUUUUAUUUUACUAAAAUUAUAUUUGACAUUGUUUCGAUAACUAGACGAGGACGGUAUUUUAGAGUUAGUUUAGAAGCAAUGCCAAGCGUUGGUGGAAACUUCUCAUUCUGUCGUCCUAAAGCAUAAUGCUGUUGCGCUACAAUAACACACUGUUGACACAUAAAAACAUCAUUAACGAUUAUCUGUGUGAUUUUUUUAUAAUAAAAAAUGUGACUGAUAAUUUUGCCUGAAAGAAAACUAAUUUACUUUGUACCCUUUUGUGCAAUAAUGUUUAAAUAAUGUAUUUUUCAUAGGACGAUAGUUGUGUUUUUCCAAUAUGCAAUAGAGAUACUAAAUUCGGUUAGGUGUUAAAAUAAUUUUACAAUUCACAAUCGCUACCAGUUUACUUUGAUAAGUUGAUUUUACUUUGAUAAUUAUCAACUUAAAAUAUAUCACAAGAUUUAUAAUAUUUGUUAUC